UAAGAAGAGAAGUGAGGACUUCUUUGACUUACCAAUCUUUCAUCUGAUGUGAUCCAAUGCUUUUCUAAUUAUAGUAGUUUUUACACUUUUUCUGAGUUUUCGCGUGUUUCAUCAAGAAAAUAGUUACGUCUAUCUUAAAUUAAAUCAAACUUUGAAGUCGGGAUUUCACAUUAUCGAUGAGACAAACUUUAAAUCUGUUGAGUAAUGUCCGUUUGGUCAUUCUUGGUCCACCUGGGUCUGGCAAGGGUACAAUAAGCCAAAGAAUUGUAUCAAACUUCAAUUUAUCUUAUAUCUCUUGUGGUGAUGUUUUGCGUAAUAAGAUUGCCGCAGGAACAGAUGAAGGUAAAAUUGCCGCUUCCUACAUUGCUCGUGGUGAUCUAGUCCCUAACGAGCUGGUCACCAAAUUGAUGGUUGAUGUCAUUAAUGGUGAAUUUAAAGGCUGUUCAUGGUUAAUGGAUGGUUUUCCGAGGACUUUACGACAAGCACAAUCUUUAUUAGAGCGUACCACAUUGAGCAAGGUUAUCAAUCUCAAUGUACCAGAUGAUGAGAUAAUUAACCGUAUAAAGCAUAGGUGGAUUCAUCUGAGCUCUGGCCGUAUUUAUAAUUUAGAAUAUAACCCACCCAAAGUGCCUUUUAAAGAUGACUUUUCUGGUGAAGAUUUGAUACAGAGAGAAGAUGAUAAGCCCGAGGCCGUAAAACAGCGACUUGACACUUACAAUGCAUCCACAUUGCCUGUUCUUGAUUUUUUCGGGAAAAAAGGACUUCUCAUCGAAUUCACUGGAAGAGAAUCUAAUGUAAUUUAUCCCAAGAUUCAUCAAUACUUAAAGGAUUAUCUUGACAUGAAAUGAGACAAUUCAACGAAUUAAAGUUCCUUUGGCCAAUCAAAAAAUUUUUUAAGAGAUAAAAACCGAUUCAAUCAAAUUUGUUUGUAUUAACCAUCAUUUCUGGUUAUAAUGAAAAUUAAUUUUAAAAAUUAGUAUGAAAGUGCAAAGAUUCCUUCCAAAAAGCAGUAAAAUUUCGUUUUAAAUUA